AUGACCGCAGUAGCUAGCCAUGCUAAUAAGAGGCAGAAAAUUUAUUAUUUUAAUGAAAAGUGGGAAGCAGAGUUUUGUUUCACAAAUGUCAACGACAAGUGUAUCUGUCUGCUCUGCGGCGCAAGCGUGUCAGUCGGUAAAAGGUGUAACGUGGAGCGCCAUUUCACCAAGGUCCACAGCAACUUUUCACGGGACUUUCCUGAGGGUAGCAGCCUACGAAAGGAGAAGAUAAAGGAGCUGAAAGCAACGCUUCAAAGACAACAGUCUCUCUUCACCAAACCUACAAAAAAGGCCAACGCCGCAACAGAGGCUUCGUUUAAAGUGGCGCACAUCUUAACGAAGCACAAAAAGGCCUUCACCGAUGGCGGGAUUGUGAAGGAGGCUAUGACCGCGGUGGCGGAAACGCUAUUCAGGGACCAUAAAAGUAAGACAGAAAUUUUGUCUGCUAUUGCCGAUGUACAACUUGGUGCAAAUACUGUCGCAAGGAGAGUGUCUGCGCUGUCUGCGGAUGCGGUUGAACAGCUGGAAUCGGACAUGAACAGGUGCAAAUGGUUUUCAAUUCAGUGUGAUGAGUCUGUGGACUCCAGUGAUAUAGCCCAGCUAGCUGUGUUCAUUCAGAUGGUGUUUGAUGACUUUUCCACCAGAGAAGAGUUUUUGACUUUACUUCCGCUGAAAACUACUACCAGGGGAGUUGAUAUUUACAAUGCAGUGAAAGACUACUUUGUAGAAAAAAAAAUCCCUGUUGAAAAGCUGGCGUCCGUGACAACCGACGGAGCACCUGCUAUGACGGGUCGUCACUCAGGAUUUAUUGCGCAGUGCAAAGCGGACCCGGACUUUCCUAAGUUUCUGAGCUAUCAUUGCAUCAUCCAUCAACAGGCUAUAUGCGCAAAAGUUAUAGGAUUUGACCAUGUCAUGACGCCUGUUGUUAAGAUCAUCAACUCCAUUCGAGCAAAGGCAAAGCAACACCGGAGCUUCAAGCUGUUCCUGGAGGAAUGCUUUGCAGAGUACGGGGAUCUCCUGCUCCACACUGAAGUCAGAUGGCUCAGUCGAGGUAAGGUACUACAGCGCUUCCUUUCCUUGCUGGGUGAAAUCAAGGCUUUUAUGGAAAUGAGGGAGGAGGAUACCAGCCUAUUAUCAGAUGCAGAGUGGCUACUUGAUCUUGCUUUUCUGGCAGAUAUAACUGAGAAAAUUAACCACCUGAACCUACAGUUACAAGGCAAAGAUAAAAACAUAUCUGACAUGAUCAGUGCUGUUAAGGCGUUCAGUGCAAAACUGUCAUUGUACAUUCAGCAAGUGAAAAACAAAAGGUUUCAGCACUUCCCCUCUGUCUCAAAGAUGUUGGAAACUCACACAGGUGCAGCCAGCGUUUUAAAUGUUUCUAAGUACUGUGACCUCUUGUCGAGGCUUGGACAGGAGUUUGCAGACAGAUUCAGUGACUUUGAGAAACUUGAGCCCUGUGUGACAUUUAAGGCCAACCCCUUCAUGGAUGUGGACAUAA